AUGUGCGCCCGUUUACAGCUGGGAAGCGAGGGCGUUGAAGGAGCCCGUUCACUAUCCACCCCCUCAUGGCACUGUCGCCUCAUGUCCUUGCCACCACAAUCCACUUCUCCUAGCACUUCUUUCAUCCUAACCUCGUUUCCCCAUGAUCUGGGAUCCACAUUCCCCACCUCGCCUCGCCCUCCCACCCGCAGGGACUUCGGGUCGAUAUUCUCCACUCUGCUGCCCGGCACAACAGCCAAGCUGGACCCCCCCGAGGGGCAGGACUUCCUGGCGGGGUUGGAGGUGAAGGUGGCGUUCGGCGGCGUGUGGAAGCACUCCCUCUCCGAGCUCUCUGGCGGCCAGCGCUCCCUGCUCGCCCUCUCCCUCAUCCUUGCCCUCCUGCUCUUCAAGCCCGCGCCGCUCUACAUUCUGGACGAGGUGGAUGCAGCGUUGGAUCUGAACCACACGCAGUACAUAGGCCACAUGAUCAAACAGCACUUCCCGCACUCCCAGUUCAUAAUGGUCAAGGAGGGCAUGUUCAACAAUGAAAAUGUCAUUUUCCGCACCAAGUUCAUCGACGGCGUGUCAACUGUAACGCGCACCGUGCCGUCCCUCCCCUCCUCCGGUGCUGCCGGGCUCAGCAGAGCUGCGCCUGGUGCUGCCAAUGGGGGCAGGUCGAGGGGUGCUGCUGCCAGUGUGGCAAGGGGGAAGAGCGCAGGAGCAUCGAUGAGGUGA